AUGGCAGUGAAGAACCCGUCACCCCCCUUUAUUUCAGGCUCUGCCUCGCAAGGUCGGGCCUGGAAUAGCACGGCUAUAUUACCGACGGAUGUACCGAGCAGAUCCUCACACAGAGAGACAACUAGCAAUUCCUAUUCACAGCCUGAGAGCGCGACAGAAACACGCAGCUUAUCAUUCUACUUCGGCGCGCCUUCUGCGACCUCAGGGCUUUAUGAGAGCGACGCAGAAUCUGCAACGAAUGAACCCUUUGCAUUCCCAGGCUUCUCAGCCUCGUCCAUCACUUUGGCUCGUACUAUAUCGAGCACAUCUCUAUUUACGAGCAGGACGUCAUCCGACAAGUCUAUGUUAGUAGCAGGCUUGCCAAUUGAGAAAGUCUCUCUAAUUGUGACGAGCACCACCAGAGGUUCUAGCUCCGUCAUCUUCUCUGCUUCUGGCACCGACUCCCUAGAAGGUCCGCCAAGAGGCCUUCCUACCCUCUCAUGUGCGUACUGUUCUGGGGGUCUGCAUCCUGAUUCUGAGGUGGACUUCGGCGUUGAGGAUUUUGGUAUAUCAUCCCGCUCAUCUUCGUUCGGCCAACAAACAGGAGGAACAUCCGUACUUAGAGAAAGCGGAGAAGUGCUGAUUCCGGUCACCGUCACAUCGUUGGCUGCUCAGAUUUGGUGGUUGACUGAACCUACAUACUAUAACGAUGCUGCGGUCGCGGCUGUGUUCCCCACCACACUAUCAACUCCUCAGGAGACGAUCAGCGUAAAUCCAGGCAUCACAACACCCACGGUAUAACCAGGAGAACAAUUCUCUGUGAAUUCUCCGGCUUGCGACACGGAAUAUUGUUCGUCUCCCACCACAAAUAUGCGGUCCAACGGAUUGGUGGAGCCGACAGGCUCUCCUAACCCCCCGGAAUCGUUCGUAUCAGUAAAUACUACCAAAUCGUGGACUUCCAC